CGUUUGAUUCGCUCAUCAUGACUCUUUCUUCACCGCAAAAGGCCGAUCAGAAGAGCCCGAAGCUCCCCUUAAGAAGACCUAACCGGGAAGCCUUGGAACUCCUAAAACAGAGUCCGUCGACUUUGAGGGACGCGACUCCGCCGCAUCAGAACACGAGAUCGAAACGGAACAAACAAGCCGCAGCUUCAUCUAAAUCUCCUCCCGAUGAAAGUGUCCCGAGAAAAGUGCGAAAGGGAGCAGAGCCGCGCAAGGAAAAUAAAAACGUCUCACCCUCGAAGAGCAUCGCCCUUGAGACGCCUCCGAGUCAAGGGAUCAGGAGCGUUAAGAGCCCACUUGUUGAUCAGUCGUCAAGGAAAAACCGCGCUGACUUGGAGGAGACCCGCCUCAUCGAGGUCGAUGACGACAGUCAAACGACUCCGAAAUCAGUUCCCCCGACCCCUUUGAACACGGCUUUGAUCGAGACGCCCCGAGUCGACCUGACUCCUCGGGCUGUGCGACGACAACCAUUCCAACAGGGUGAGCGAGGAAGACUACCGUACGGAGGAUUAAUGACCGAAAUAUACCGCCUCGAAGCUCAAAGCCAAUUCGAACACAUUGCUUUGGAAAGCACGGAAGUGGUGACGGUUGUGGAAUCAGAAGAUUCGUCUCACGCAAGACCACCGAGAUGGAGUUUACGACAGUUGUCGCCAAUUCGGAAUGUUGAGGAGACUCAUGAGAAAGGAGAAGUCUCUAGCUCUUUCGGGGCGGAAACCACUUUCGGUGUCGAGGAUGUCGGCGUUCAAGUUUCUCUCUGUCAAAGAUGCAAUGCCCAUAGCGCUUGGUCCGAAAUGAAACCGAUCGUUAUGGUAUUCGUCUUGAUGAUGCUUUCGUUGCUCUACCGAGGGCUCUUGCGGGUAGAUCCGAGACUCCCCCAAGGAUUUGGGAAUGCGCUCGGCAUAGCCGUUCAGGGUACCUUUCUCGCGUCGUUCAAUCUGGAAGACUACCUCACGGAUAUUUUCGCUGUGUGAAAAUCGAAGGAACUCUGCUUGAUUUGUUCAUCGUUCAGCUGAGUGAUACGAAGGUCAAUCCGAUCCGAGAUAGGAUGGCCGGGCUAAGCACAAUGUACGAUGUGAAUUCCUGCCCUGGGCAGGAAGUUUGGACAUGAAUAUUUGGACAGAACGGGAAUUUGUAGUGUUGUGUAGGGAACUUCCUCCACAAUUUGUAAUUUUUGAAAAUGUUUCAGCAAUAAAUGGAUAUUCAAG